AUGGCCCCUAAAAAAGCUGUCAGUCCGGCCAAACCUCGUCGCAUUACGCGAGCUCGUGCAGCUGAUGGCGAUGCUAAUUCGGCUCUCGACGAACCCUCGAUACGGAAAACGAAAGCCGCUUCAGCAGCUCCAACAACGACACGAACCAGAGCAAUUGAAGCGAAGUCUCGAGUUACGAAGACAGAACCGAGUCUAACUAGAACAACCAGAGGUGGAAAGUCAAAUACGAGAUCAUCCAAAUCUGUUGACAUUGAUACCGAGGAUGAAGGCGAAAUUGCCGUCGCGGUCCCUGAGCCAGGGACCAAAACAUCUCGGUCCACCCGCUCAACACAAAAUCCUUCAGUUACAGCGACCGCCUCAUCCUUGGCCUCCGCACCACGUCGACGAAUCAAAGUCACACCAUUGGAUGCGGUGAACAGUGAACCGGUUGCCCAGGCCGAGCCGGAGGUAAAGUCCGCAAAGAAAACCUCCACCAAGACCACGAAAGCGAAGACAGCAGCUUCCAAAUCUACUACCUCACGCAGAAAGAAGGAUGCCGCUGCUACUAAACUGGACGAGAAGAAUGAUGAAGGCGUAGAGACCGAGAUGGCAGACCCAGAACCGAAGAGGCCUGGCGGAGGACGGUCAACAAGAGCCAAGGCUGAGGGUGAACCAAAAGCCACCACCAAAUCUUCGUCUACGACCUCCAAGAGUCGAGGUAGAUCGAAGAAAGAAGGCCAUGCUGUUGAACCAACAGAAGAGGUCAAAGUUGCUCCUGUCACCACCAGGCAGACUCGGGCUAGAGCAGGUUCAGCUACGUCAUCUGUUGCUGCUGAACCGACGGUCAGUGUAGUAGUCCCACCCCGAAAGAGGGUCACAUUCCAAGAUCUCACAGAUGAUGAGGAUGAGAAGGAGAAUCAACAACCUGCCACGAUAUCGAAAUCGAGAACUACGAAACAGACCUCAGCUGCUACAAAGGAGACUGAGACUGCAGCAAAAGGAAUGCGUGCAAAACCAAUCCGCAGGCCGGCUCCUACCAGAAUUACCAAGGCAACUCGGGGGGCUUCCAAUAAGUCAACUAUGGACUCAAUAAAGGAGGCAGAUGUCGAAGAGACAGGGAAAGUCCCACCACGAGCUUUGACUCCGAAGAAAAUCACUCAGGUUGCAAAAGCUCCGGUCUUCGACAGCAGCGAUGAUGAUGAUGAGAAGGAGGAGGAGGAUGAACUUGCUGGCGCAAAGACUCCAAUUCGUGAUCUUAGCCUUUCAUCCAAACGUCGCACCAGUGCUUCCGUCCCUCGUUCGGUCUCUCCGAUUAAGAAACUUGAUUUUACACCGGCAUUGACGGCAACGUGUCCAGAGAAGACAAAUGAGCACGGCAUAAUCGGCGUUUCGAGUCCCCCUCGGCGUCCACCUACUUCACCGUUCAAAGAUUCGUUGAAGGAAUCUCCCCGACGAGCACCAGACGGCGUCACCGUUUUCAAAACCCAGAUUCAAGAUUCGAACAAUACUGGAUCUCUGGCUUUGAACCCGCCCAACAGCCGAGCUCUCCUUCUCCAGUCUCCAAAGCGAGGUCUUGCCGACAAGACUACAUUCCCUCCAUCUGCCAUGAAAUCGCACAACUCGUCUUUGAAGCCAUCCUCGCUCUCUUCACCAGCUAGGCGAUUAUUUUCUCCCUCUAGGCAGAAGAUGCCUGUUCGGAUAUCACCUGCGCCAAAGAAGAAACACUCUAUUCCAGCUUCCACACCAGCGUCUGAGAGGCAAAGUAAGAGUCCCGGUAACGUUGAUCUUCAAAUGUCAUCUCAUUUCAGGUCUUCUGUUUCACCGCAGCGUUCCGCGAGAGUAUACAGAAUGAGUGACGAUGAGCUGGCUCAAGAGGUGGGCGAAGAUCUUGAUUUUGAUCAGUCUGUCUUGAAUAUCCGAAGCCCAUUGAAAGCGCCCAAGGUCAAGCCUAUUGUGAAUGAUGAACUGGAUCCUGUGAAUAUAGACCCAGCAGCGGAUCGAGGCGACGAUGACGAAUUGGACGACCACGAUCAGGAGAGGUAUCUGGUCCAAUCAUCAGAGAAUGCUCUUGCGGAACAAUCGGGGCAAGGUGGCCAAGAUAACGAGGAGACCAUGCUCGAUCCUGAGCCGGAAGUUGAAGAGGUUUUGGAGCAAGAGGAGGUCGCAGAAGUUGAGGAAGAAUCCAGUCGGGUUCCUGAACCAAAGUCAAUUACUCCACGAGUUCUCGAGAGAUCUAGCAAGAAACCUAGGGUAUCUGACGCCCUGUUCAGCCGCCUCAGAGAAAUAGAUGACGACUCAGAAGAUGAACUUGCCGCGGAUCAAACACCAGACAUGAGAAUGCUCAAACCUAAGUUCCGACCAAGUUGGAGUCAAGCAAACAUUCGAUCUCGUAUAUCGACAGGCGUCGUCCCCGCAAGCACGUCGAAAAAUCUCGGGUUUACUCCUCUCGCGGCACAACUGAAGGGAUGGCGUGCUGGCAGCCCUGAAAAGAAGGUCGGACUCAAGAAUAUGUCUGAGUCACAGGGUAUUUUCUCGCCUCUUGCACAAAUGCAUAUUGCCGGGUCAGUGGAGGUGAAUAGGCAAGACACACCUGUCCGUCACACUCAGAAGCAAAAGUCAUUGGCAAACAGAUUAUCUUUUGCUCCUUCGAUGAUAGACAGCCCUGCGAGGCCUGAAUUCUUCGCCGAAAGUAUGGCCGCGCAAGAUUUUGAAGAUCAAGUCGGAAGCCACGAGGGUGUUGAACCAGGUGAAUACGAGGAUCUCCAUGAUCUUAUCCCGAAAGAUGGUGUUGAGCGAGCUGCCUCAGGAACUGAUACGGCUAGUGGUAGUGAGGGCCGGGGAGACGAGUCCGAGAGCGUUCAUCAAGAGCCGGUUGAUCUCACAACCGACCUGAUCAAUUUUACGAAUGCUUCGAAUACUGCCAUGAUUGAUUUUAAAGCUCUGGCGAAUGAAGCAGAGGGCCUUGCUGCCGAAGAGGAGCAAUCCAUGCUGUCCACUCCAUCUGAAGUGUAUGGUGACGAGAAUACGGCCCCUGUUGAACAGACAACGGAAAUCUUGCAUAGACGAAAUGGCCACGAAGAAGUCAUUGAGGAGACUAUAGACAAGAAUGUCCUCAUCAACGACCCACAGAAUGAUGAUGACCGGGAAAAGAACAAGCAAAAUGCCCACUCGUCCCGUGAAGAAGCGGACAUUGUGGAGGAACAAGCUCAUGAAACCUCGAUUCCUUCUAUCGAAGUCAACACUUCUAUCCCUUCGACAGGCGACGCUGAGCGACUGGGCAUAGAUGAUGCUGUCGAGGAGAUCGAUUUCAACGUUACACCGAUUCGACCAGAUCCUAGUCUUCCACGGUACGUCAGCACAGUGGUUUCCAAAGUCCCAUUACGACCUGAAGGUCAGAUUCCGUCUGUUCUGUCCCCUCUCAAAGUGCAGAGAAAGAGACCCAGGUCUAUGUCUUCAUCCAGUUCACUUGCUCUCAAGAAGCCAAAUCUUGGAGUCAGCUCGAAUGGUUUUGUGUCCGUGGCAGAGCCUCUUGCAACUCCCAAAGGGAGAGAAGAAUUCGGGUUUUCGCCUCAGAGGAAAAUUCGCAGUGCAGCGCCUAGUCCGGCACAUUCUCUCUCCGUCAAUGUGACAACACCUGACCGGAUGAGCUUUGUUGUUGAUGACUUCGGGGAUAGCACUCUGGAUGGAAUUGAAUUGCCGGAGGACGAAUCGAUGUCUGAUGAUAUCACCAACAAUCCCAGUUCCGAUCAGGAAACGGAAAGACUCGAUCAUGAUGAGAGCGUCUUGACUAUUGGGUCUGCAUUCUUCAAGACACCAAAGAUCCCCGCCAAAAGUGCCAGUAUGCUUUCGACUGUCAGAUCCAAUGAGAUUGCAACAUCUCCCUACGCCAUGAGUCAUGGGCAGGCAACUCCAAAAGCCACUCCUUCAAGGACGGCGGUGUCCACAUCAAAAACACCGGCUACGCUCAUGAAGUCAAGGACACCAUAUGCUUUACACCAAAGCAAGACUAGCGCUAAAACUCCCCUAGCAGGUCGUGCUCCCCUGAAGCCAGUCGGGUACGGGUUUCUCCAUGGCGCUGUCGUUCAUGUCGAUGUUCAUACGAGUGAUGGAGCCGAUGCCUCGGGGUGUUACGUCGAAUUGCUCAUGGAAAUGGGUGCUCGAUGUGUCAAAGAAUGGAGAUGGAACCCGAGAGCCAGCAGCUCUGGGAAUGAACCAGUUUCAGCCGAGGUACCAAGUACAGGCGUUGGUGUCACACAUGUUGUCUACAAAGAUGGCGGGAGGCGAACAUUGGAGAAAGUUCGCGCGGCCAAAGGUCAAGUUCUUUGCGUCGGCUUAGGUUGGGUUCUCGACUGUCAACGCGAGGGCAAAUGGUUGGAUGAAUCGGCUUAUGCCGUUGAUGCAAGUAUCAUGCCCCGUGGUGGUUCCAGAAGACGCAAGUCCAUGGAACCUAGAACGUUGAUCAAUGAGAACGGAUUCCUCUCCGCAUCCAGGGCGAAUAGAAGGUCAUUGUCUGCCGAGUAUGCAGGUUUGACGGAAGAGAUGAAGAUGGAUUUGAUCAAUACUCCUGUUCGAGGCCGAGAAGACCAGAUUGAGGACGAGUCUGAGAUCAGUUCCACCUACAACUCGCCCACAGCAGCGACGGUAGGUGAAGGUGGUCAGACUGCUGAUGUCGGCUAUUUGCUGUCGUCUGCACAAGCGCCUGAUAAUGACGGCGACCAAGAUUCAUCGGUGAUCAGACACACGCAUACGCCUCAUAUCAACAAUAACAAGAUGAACUCGAACCAGGCAAAUCCAAAUACUCCUCCAUCCACGAACUUGUCCGUGGACUACGAUCCACGCACUGCAGCGACGCCGUUGACUCCGUACCUGAUCGCUAAGGGCAGGGAGUUGAUCCAGAUGAGUGCGCCGCCAAAACAAAUCAACAAAGGCAUUUUUGAUCGCGAUGACGAUGGUGAGAAUGAAAAUGGAGGUGUUGCAGGAGGGAAGAGAUUUCAGAUCAAGAUGAAUGGGAAUGGGAAAGCAAGAGUCUUGGGCGAUGCAGCGAGAAGGAGGACUCUCGGAGCCGGAUUGGGGUUUAAACCGGUUGUUGGAAGUCCAUUGAGGAACGAAUAA